GCUUGACUUUUCCCUCCUCUGUAUUUCUGCCUGUAUUCAGUCUGAGUGUUCAGUCAGUGUUCAGUGAGGUUCAUCUGAGCUGCUGAUUUACUCACAAUUCAGGAUGAAGUUAUUGUUGAUCUUCUUCACACUCAUGUGUGUGACGGACACUGAAGCAGGCGCUCAACACCACGAUCUGGAUUUAGUCGCUUGUUCAGACACUGAUCAGGAGUAUAUGGUAGGGUCUGAUGGAGAGGAGCAGUUUUAUGCAGAUUUUAAACAGAAGACGUUAGUGAAAGCGCUGCCUCCAUUCGCUGAUCCUUACGAAUUCCCCGGAGGAUACGAGUACGCCGAGGGUAACAUGCCCAUCUGUAAACGCAACUUAGACGGGUGGAAAAAAGACUUUAAAGACAUGCCUGUGCCUCAGGAUGCCCCACAGAACUCCAUCUAUACUAGAGAUGAUGUACAGCUGGGAGCACAGAACACACUCAUCUGUCACUUCACUCGUUUCUUCCCUCCACAUGUUACUGUGCGCUGGACCAAGAAUGGUGAAGAUGUGACGGACGAAUCCACACUCAGUCAGUUCUACCCGAAUAAGGACAACACCUACAACCAGUUCUCUCACCUGCCCUUCACCCCACAGGAAGGAGACAUUUACACCUGCAAAGUGGAGCACGAGGCGCUGGGUUCAGCUGACACCAGGACAUGGGAGGUGAAUGUUGAACUUCCCAGUGUUGGUCCGUCUGUGUUUUGUGGUGUUGGUCUGUUUGUAGGUUUGCUCGGAGUCGCUACUGGAACUUUCUUCCUUGUUAAAGGAAACCAGUGUAACUGAAGGUUCAGACAGAGGUGAAGAGACGCAUUAGAUUCCUGCCAAGAAGAUUUUUCACCAAAGAAACUGUACAUUAACUCAUAGUGUAUUUCAUCUGUUAGAUCACUGAAAUGUUUAUGUUCCACUGUAUACCUGUGUUAGAGUUUUCUUUACUUACUGCACAAAUCUAUUAAAAUUAUUUUCCAAAAAUUGAUGUUAGAUGAGAAAAUGCAAAUGAACAGGAAUAUGAGUGCUUAAAAUAAUGAAAGAAAUAAACUUUAUAAACAAU